GCAAAGAGUAGAAUACUUCCUUCUACGCAGCGCUUAUAAGGCUUCACAGGCCUCGGAGUCAGUCAAUUCUUGUGUGCGCAGCUAGUGUUGGCGAAGGACGCCAGAGAUCCUCGUGCCCGACCUUCUUCAUUCGUGCGAAUGUCGAAUUAAGCCACGUUAUCUCGUCCAGCAUCUCUGCCGUCGUCCUCUAUGAAAGAGAACACCAGAUCUGACGACGACAGAAGGAGCGUUCUGCGACAACUGGAAUGAUCUAGCUUUGAAGAGCUUUGCGAAUCGUAACUGGUUUCGAAUUCGAAAGCAAUUUCGACUGCAUAUCAAGCCAAAGUUCGUCCAGAAAAGCAGCAAUGGCGGAUGCUAGCAAUCCUGUGCCCCUAGCAUAUCAAGCAACUGCAGCUGGUGGGCAAUCUCCAGACUGGCUCAACAAAGGGGAUAACGCAUGGCAGCUGACGGCUUCCACUCUUGUGGGACUGCAGUGCGUCCCAGGUCUCGUGAUUCUGUAUGGGAGCAUUGUGAAGAAAAAAUGGGCGAUCAAUUCCGCAUUCAUGUCUUUCUACGCUUUCGCCUGUGUCCUUAUCUGCUGGGUAACAUGGGCAUUCAAAAUGUCGUUCGGUGAGGAACUUAUUCCGAUCUGGGGCAAAGCAGGGCCUGCUCUCGGUCAGAAGUAUUUGCUCAAGCAAGCAUUUCUCCCUGCAACAGCAGUUGGCGAAGCCGCUGCAUUUGCCCCACUUUAUCCUCAAGCCACGGUCGUCUACUUCCAGUUUGUUUUUGCGGCCAUUACCCUCAUCUUAAUAGCAGGAUCUCUGUUGGGGCGCAUGAACUUCAUUGCAUGGAUGCUAUUUGUGCCCCUUUGGCUCACCUUCUCUUACACAAUAGGAGCUUUUAGUCUAUGGGGUGGAGGCUUCUUGUUCCAGUGGGGUGUGAUCGAUUAUGCUGGAGGGUAUGUCAUUCAUCUAUCAUCUGGAGUUGCUGGUUAUGUUGCAGCUUAUUGGGUUGGCCCAAGACUUGAAAGUGAACGCCGCAGCUUUCCUCCGAACAAUGUGCUGCUGACGAUGGCAGGAGCGGGUCUUCUGUGGCUAGGGUGGAAUGGAUUCAAUGGGGGAGCACCGUAUGCAUCCAACGUGGUUGCUUCCAUGGCAGUACUGAACACCAACAUAUGUGCAGCUACUAGCUUGCUGGUCUGGACGAGCAUUGACGUGAUUGUUUUCAAGAAGCCUUCAGUGAUUGGAGCAGUUCAGGGCAUGAUCACGGGUCUGGUUGCAAUCACUCCUUCCGCAGGCGUAGUUCAAGGAUGGGCAGCGAUGGUGAUCGGAGUGUUGUCCGGCAGCAUUCCAUGGUACACCAUGAUGAUUCUCGGAAGGAAACCAGGCGGCAUCUUCUCGAAGGUGGAUGACACAUUGGGUGUAUUCCACACUCAUGCCGUUGCAGGAAGCCUUGGGGGUAUUCUCGCCGGCUUCUUUGCUCAGCCCACUCUCUGCAAUCUGUUCUUGCCGAUCCAAGGUGAGCAUGGAGCCGUUUACGGAGGAGAGAAAGGUGGACAGCAGCUGGGUAAACAAAUUUGCGCUGCUCUAUUCAUCAUCGGAUGGAACGUAGUUGUCACGAGUAUAAUCUGUCUGGUGAUCAAGUUAAUUGUGCCACUCCGAAUGUCGGAUAAACAACUGCAGGUGGGAGAUGAUGCAGCUCAUGGUGAAGAAGCCUACGCUCUUUGGGGCGAUGGCGAAAAGUUCGAUGCAUCGAAACAUUCCGGAACAGAGUACAAGGAAAUGGAGCUUGCUUCCACAAAGGUUUAGCUUCUAGAGAUCCUUCAUUACGAAUUCAGAUCCACAGAUCCGUGCUCUCACUCACAUUUUGUGCAAUUACCUCUCCAUCUUGCCAGUGGAUGAGAAGAAUGCACCUUUCUUACACUGUCCAUAGAUUCAUUUGUCUAUAGCUUAAAACUUUUGAUCCAGCCGAAGAGAUGCACACUUUCAGUUGCCCUUGGCCGGCCUGCUUCCACUGUACCAUUUGUAACUCGCAAAAGUUGCCGUGAGGCCAGCCUUGAUGGAACUCGUGCAUGAAAUUCUUUGGAUUUGAACGGCGCUUGGAGAGCUUUGGAUUUGAGGUUUUGUACAGUAGAAUAUAGCUAAGCCCCCAGAGCUGCUGUUGCUGGUGAGCCUACGAGCACAAUUUCAGGUCUGAAUAUCUGAUACAAAUAUCUACUUCCAAUCGGACACAGCUGUGCAGUCUUACCUCUCGAAAUGUAUCUAAAAGCGGCGUCAGUUAUACCUCCUCAGCUAUGGCUACAUCAGACUGAAGGUGUAGAAAGAGCUGACGGAGCCCACACAGAAACCUUUACAUGUGACUAGAAAGGUUCUGACCUGAUUGCCCUUGUGCAAACCUUUUUUUUUCUGGCAAGUGAGAUUAAUAAAAUACUGUGUUCACAACA